CGGCGCGCCGCCGCCGCGUGACGCACUUCCUGUUUGUUGUGGAGAAAGGAGAGAAAGGAAAGCGCGAGAGGCCGCCGGGACCGCCGCGACCGCCGAGACCGCCGGGACCGCCGCGCCGGGACUCCGAGGACCUGUUCAAACAUGGUGGAUUACUAUGAAGUUCUAGGCGUGCAGAGACAUGCCUCAGCCGAGGACAUUAAAAAGGCGUACCGGAAACUGGCACUGAAGUGGCAUCCAGAUAAGAACCCUGAGAAUAAAGAAGAGGCAGAGAGAAAGUUCAAACAAGUGGCCGAGGCCUAUGAGGUGCUCUCAGAUGCAAAGAAACGGGACAUCUACGACAAAUACGGCAAAGAAGGGUUGAAUGGCGGAGGCGGAGGUGGGAGCCAUUUUGAGGGGCCUUUUGACUACGGCUUCACAUUCCGAAACCCGGAGGACGUCUUCAGGGAAUUCUUCGGUGGCCGGGACCCGUUUUCCUUCGACUUCUUUGAAGACCCGUUCGAGGACUUUUUCGGGAGUCGCAGAGGCCCUCGUGGGAGCCGGAGCCGAGGCACAGGAUCGUUCUUCUCUGCGUUUGGUGGAUUUCCGUCUUUCGGAGGUGGAUUCUCUUCUUUUGACACAGGGUUCACUUCCUUCGGGUCCCUCGGCCACGGGGGCCUCACGUCCUUCUCCUCCUCGGCCUUCGGAGGGAGUGGGACGGGCUCCUUCAAGUCCAUAUCGACCUCCACCAAAAUAGUCAACGGCAGAAAAGUCACCACCAAGAGGAUCGUGGAGAACGGUCAGGAGAGAGUCGAGGUGGAGGAGGACGGGCAGCUCAAGUCCUUGACGAUCAACGGUGUGGUGGACCAGGAGGCCCUGGCUGAGGAGUGCCGGCGACGAGGCCAGAACAUGCUUCCCGGCCCCGCUCGGACGCAGAAGCCCAGGGCCGGGCAGCUGCCCGCCUGGGAGGACCACGAGGAGCCAGGCCGACCCCGUGCACCCGGUGCCUGGGACCCCUUGGUGCUCCCAGCAGGGUUCAAAGAAGGCAGCAAGAGGAAGAAGCCGAAGCUGAAGGAUGAGUCCAAGAAGAAGAAGCCGACCAAGGGGGCUCACUAGCCCGGCACGCCCGCGCCCUGCGCCCGGCCCCGGCCCUGCAGGCGUGUGGUCGCCGGGCGCCUGGGCAGGGCCACCCCAACUGCCGUCCCUCCCGCACUAAACCCCGUGGCCUCCUCUCCAGCCUCCGGCCUUCUGUCCCGGGCGUGGGGCCGCGAGAGGGGCGGGCGGGUGACGGGGUCGCUCCUCGGGUCUGUGCCCGCCCGGUGCAGUCGGGGCCGCCCGUGCCGUGGGGUGGGGCCCGGCACCGCCCUUGGACUCGGCUGCCCUGGGCCGGCCCCCAGCUUCCUGGGAUCCCUUGCAUGAUGUCUUGCUUUGUCCCCCUGCAGGAGCCCUGCCCACGCCCGCUGCCCCUGCGGGGACCCCUCCCGCUGUCCGGAGGGGGCGGGGUCCGAGUGCCGGGGCCCCACGUGCCUCAGUGGAGCCCUGCGAAUAAAAGCGGCUUCACCAGUG